UUUGCUGCAGUCGCACAGGACAGUGCUGCUGCUGCUGCCUGGUGACGGUGAGCAGUUCCCUCCCAGGAAUGCCAGUGCUGGCGUGACAUCAUCGCAGGCGGCAUUCUGGGAGCGGCUGCAGGGAGAGAAGACGGAGGAGCACAGCGGCAGCGCAGCAUAACACACAGACUCCCGCCCACAAGUACCCGGCGUGCAGCAGCCGCCCUGGCUACCUCUUGUCUGCUUGAACCCCCGGCCCUAAAGAGAAAGAGUCUCAUCACAGCCAGGAAGUCCUGGAUGCUGGCACCAAGAGCAGCACACCCCUCCGCCUCCUCCCUGUAGCCGCCUCCUCCCUGCAUCCUUAAUGAGGAAAGACAUUGAACAGGCUUUAUCCAUGCAUUUGGGAGCAGCAUAUAGGAUGCAAGAGGAUCUGUCUCCUACAUCAGCAGAGCAAGAUUUUUUUUCACACAGAUCAGAAAUCCAUAAUGCGUUCUCAGACCAGGCUUCUAGUGAAGAAGAAAAUCAGCUGGGCACACAAAAAGGAACAAUGCCUGUUCGAUGAGGUCGCAAUUUACUUCACCAAGGAGGAGUGGGAUUGUCUGAAAACAGAAGAGAAGGAGAUAUACAGAGAAGUCAUGGUGGAGAAUUACCAGACUAUGGCAUUUCUAGGGCUGAUCACUGUUAAACCUCCUUUUGUAUCAGCGAUUGAGCGAGGGGAAGAGCCUGUUACAAAGAUGCCCCAGCAGAUACACGCUCAGGAGGUUCUGAGGAUCUCCAGCAGAGAUAAUUUAUUUCUAUGUGAUGGAUUCAAAAAGAAAUGUAAUCCUGAAAGACAACACAUCAGUCCGCCAGCAGGCGCUGUCCGGGAAUAUAACAAGGGACCCACACGCAGAAGUACCCAAGUACCCAUUGCCAGGAAAUCUGCAGAGAAAGACACAGAGCUGUCAAACCCACAUAAAGGAGAAAAUGUCCCACAGUCCCUUUGGCCACACAAAGGAGAACCUGGGAUAGACCAUCCUGCCAUAUACAUUACACAAUCCACCGCUAAUCACCCUGACACCAGAGCAACAAACUGUGUGGCAGUUAUGGCUUACAGUCUCAGGGAAGUGGUUGGAAAUCCUCACAAUGACUCUUUACCUAGAGGCCAGACCUCAGGACAAAAGCCGGAAGGACUGUCUGAGGAGAAAGGUUGUGCUACGUCGGAAGCAGCUGUAGGGAGGCCUCCUGUAGGAAGUGAGAACUCUCUGGAAUGUAAUGACUGCGGCAAGUGUUUCACUCUGAUAGGAAAUCUUAGCAGACAUCGGAAGAUUCACACAAGACGUGGGAUAUGGCCGUGCUCUGAGUGCGGGAAAGUCUACACCAGCAACGCACAACUUGUUACGCACCUAAUGUGUCACACAGGAGAGAAGCCAUUUUUGUGCUCUGAAUGUGGGAAAUCUUUUCAGCAUAGACAUUGUCUAGUCAUGCAUUUGAAGAUUCACACAGGGGAGAAGCCAUUUGCGUGCAAAGAAUGCGGCAAGCGUUUUAGAUGUGCUUCGCACCUUUCUAGUCACAUUAAGGUCCACACUGGGGAAAAGCCGUUUUCCUGUAGUGAAUGUGGGAAAUCUUUUCCCUAUAGACCUGGUCUUGUCAUUCAUUUGAGGAUUCACACAGGGGAGAAGCCAUCUGCAUGCAAAGAGUGCGGGAAGCGUUUUAGAUGUGCCUCGCACCUUUCUAGACACAUUAAGGUCCACACUGGGGAAAAGCCGUUUUUCUGUAGUGAAUGUGGGAAAUCUUUUGCCACUAACCCUCAUCUUAUAAGACACCAGAGGAUUCACACGGGAGUGAAACCUUUCUCCUGUCUCGAGUGUGGAAGGAGUUUCACCAAUGACUUUCAUCUUGCCCGUCACCGGAGAGGAAAACAUGGCUUGCAGUAAUGGGAAACUGAUCUGCGCUACAGUUUAUGGCCUUUUUUUAUUUUUCAUACAAAGGAGACUUUUUUACUCGUAUUCACUAAUAAAGUAUUAUCGCACAUCA